AAUACAAGUGUACAUGACAUUCCUUAUCAUCGUCCUUUGUUUUGUCCAUUUUUCUCUUUCCUUCGUACUACACACUUCAAAGUUCAAACCUUUCUGUGUGCCUCAAAUGGAACCCCUCCACCCCUCCUCUCACCUUUACCCUCUUAAUUGAAUUUACAUUUUUUACCCAACAAACCAAAUAUAAUAGAAGAAAAACCCCAAAAACACACCCCCUUUAAGCCAGAGAAAAAGAGAAAAAAAAAAUUAGCCUCUCCAAAAACCACCACCUGUCCUCAAUUUUCCGCCGGAAAACUGCCUUAGCUCCCUUUUAACACUUUCUCCGUCCAUACCCACAUCGCCAAAACUGGUUUUCCGACACCCAGAAGGCUGUUUUCUGUUGUGUUUGUUAUUCCCCGUUGCCGUAGGUUUAGGCGGGGACGGUGGUGGUUAUUACUAUUUUUUUACGAGGGCGGCGCUUGCUAACGUGAGCUGGGUGCGUAGGAUUAGGUACUUUUAAAAGAUAGUGGUGUUUGUUUUAAUCGGGAGCGUACACGUGUACGGCGAUGGAAACGGAGGGGAUGGUGACGUGGGGCACCUGGGAGGAGCUCCUCCUUGGUGGAGCUGUUCUUAGGCACGGGACCCGAGAUUGGACCGUCGUUGCCGCGGAGCUCCGAGCCCGAACCGUUUCUCCACACUCAUUCACACCCGAGAGAUAUUGUUUUUUUCAGGUCUGUAAAGCCAAAUAUGACGAAUUGCAAAAGCGCUAUUCUGGGUGCACGGCUUGGUUUGAGGAGCUUAAGAAGAAAAGAGUAGCCGAGCUUAAGAGAGCUUUGGAGCUAUCUGAAGAUUCAAUUGGGUCUCUUAAGUCAAAGCUUGAAUUCCUUAAGGCUGGGAAGAAUGAGAAAAAGGAUGAUUGCCAUGUUGGCAAUGCCUCUGUUGGACCAGAAUUACAUGUUCUUCCUUCACAGAAAUUGGAGAGACUCGAAUCAUCCGCGAAAGAGAUGUCAAAGGAUGGGCUAUCUGCUGGGAGUUUCACACAUGAAACUGAGACAAACUGGUUUCCUGAACGCCAGGUUCCAGCAGUGUCUUCUGGAGAUAUGGAAACUUCUAAGCCUGAAGUUUCAGGGUCUGCUGAACCGGAGAACGUGUUGAAUGUAGAUAAGUUGGCACAUACUAUAUGUGAAGGACAGGGAGGGAGUUUAAAAAAGCGGAGAGGGAUGAGAAAGAGGAAACAUUGUGGCAGAAAUGUUAAUGAAACAAGUGUAAGAGAAAGUGACUUUUCAGCUGAUGUGUUCCCAUGCAAAGAAAGUUCUACCAGCAACUGUGGUGAAGCUGGCAAAUCUUCUGCUAUAAAUGAGGAGAAUACAAACUUGGAAAAGGAUGAAACAAAAGAUAUGAUGGAGAUUUUGGAUUCUGUUCUGGAAAUUGAAGGUGCUUCUGCCUUCUGUCGCAGGCGCGAUAGCCAGAAGCGUGGAAGAUACAAGAAAAUGAUCCGGCAGCACAUGGACUUUGACACAAUAAGGUCAAGAAUUAGCAGCAGAAAAAUUCAUUCAGUCAUGGAACUUUUCAGAGACUUGCUGCUACUAACCAACAAUGCUCUAGUCUUCUACUCAAAGAGCACUCGUGAGUAUAAAUAUGCUCUCUUGCUUAGAGACAUUGUCACAAAAAAGCUGAGGGAGAAUUCCAAGUGUUUUAGCAGUAGUGUCACUCAUGCUAGCGUCCCUAACACCGUACCUAUCCAUGAUCCUCCUUUGAAAGUCAGAAGUGUUCGCCCUGGUAACCGCAAGAUUGUUGCAAAGGCAGGUGGUGGUGGUGGUGGCAGUAACACUGCUUCUGGGGUCUCGUAUGGAGCCAAGAAACCCAGUAAAGUGGAUUCACCACCUUCAGUGGAAUCCUUACCCCUAAAGAAAGCUUUUGGUGGUCGACCAAAAAAAGCUAGACAUGAAACUGCAGUGCCAAUGAAGGAAAAGAAAAGAGGGAGAACAAAGUGAUAAAUGAUUUGUAUUUGAUUUCCCCCAAUAGGUCUUAAAAGGGUAUCUUUGUACAAAGGUUUUACCUUUUUUGUUAAGAUUUUUUGUUUUUGUUUUCAGAAGGAUGAACUUUCAUGGAAGGAA